AUGAACUGCCACGUAUGCGAUCGUGGGCCUAACUCCCAGCUUCAUCUUCUGUGCCCGACGUGUUCCCGUAACCGGCUCUACUCUCUUCGCUUCGAUCAUGCCAGGGUUUUAUUGGAAAAGGAAGCCAUUGGGAAGGAAAUCGAAGCUGCAGUGGUGACUAAGAAGACACAUAAUGCUGAACCUAUGGAGGAUGGGCGCCCAGGCGACCUGGGAUCUCGGCAACGCUCGUCUCGCUGGGCCAUCCAAGCAGCCAAAAGUCGUGCUUCGCAGUCGACCGCGAGGACAUCGGCGAUUUUCGACCAGAUAGCUACAUUAAGGGAAGAAAUAAGAGAAGGGAGAGAAGACAUCGCCCAUCGCAGAUCUUUACUCAAGAAGCGACGAUCAGAUUCUAGGGUUUUCCUGUGUCGCGAGGCUGCCAAUCUUUAUCGUUUGCGCCAGAGAACGAGGCGGAGAAAUGGCGAGCUCGUUGCAGUUUACACCAUUGGAGGGGUCAGUAUUGUUGAUCUCAGGGACCUGAACGGUGCAAGUCACGUCCACAUUACCACGUCCCUUACCUACAUCGCCCAUCUCUUGGUUCUCGUUUCGCAUUACCUCUCCCUCAGGCUACCUGCAGAGAUAACACUGCCCCAUCGAAAUUACCCACUACCCACUAUAUUUCCGCCAUCAUCCUCAUAUUUGUCACAAGAAGCAAUAUUCCCCGGUACAUCGCUUUCUCAAUCAUCCCCGUCGAGUCCUACAGCUUCUCGGACUACGGACACCAGACCGCCUCCUCGUCCAAGGCCACUCUAUAUCAACAAAUCUUUACCGAAGCUUGCACAAGAAGACCCUGCGGCUUAUGGGUUGUUCCUCGAGGGAGUUGGGCUCCUAGCUUGGAACAUUUGUUGGGUUUGUCGUACUCAAGGACUGCAUGUUGUUGUUGACUCCUGGGAGGAUGUUUAUGAUAUGGGCCGUAACUUGUGGACGUUACUUGUUGCACAGCCAUCCCAAUCGUCAGCCUUCACUAGAGUGUUAUCAAACCGGGAUAACCACGCAAAACUUCAGGGCUCUGAUAAGGAUUCCCCCAAACCAACUAUCCAGCGAACCAGGUCCUUGUCAAUGCUUGGCCAUUAUUCUCAUGGAACGGCACAUUCAUUCCUUGGAGGCGCGGAAGGAACUGAAUUUAUGAGAAAAUGGAAGCAGCCUUCCACAGCUAAGGUCGUCGACAAGCUGAAAUCUGUUCUCCUAGGAGAAAUGGCGAGUGCAGAAUGGGAGUUGCUCGACAAAACAGAAUGGGAGGACGAAGAUUCCCAAAAGCAUAUUCUCCGGGAAGGAGAAGAACCUGCUCCGAUGGCUAUUAAAUCCCCUUCAGCUGUGACGGACGGCGUCCUAAGCGAUACCGCGAGCAUUGCCACUGCUAAAACACUGGAUGAAAACAACCUUGCCGAUGACAGCAUGACAAACAACCAUAAACCAAAGGGGACACGGGGGUGGACCAAGUUAAAGAGUAGAUGA